UAGGCGUGCGCGUGACGCUGCGUAACGGGCCGCGAGGCUGGGGGCGGAGGGGCUGGGAGUCCGGCGCUUUAUCUGCGUCUGCGGCGGGGCUGGCUCCGCUGCGGGCUUGGACCCUGAAGAGCGGCCAGGAGCCGACCUUUCUGCCAGCGGAGCUGUGACGGCUUCCCGGCUCUGCCUUCCUUGGGGCGAUCCCCGCUGCCGGGCUCCGGCGACAGAUAACACAAUGGUAGGCGAAGAGAUGUCUCUAAGAAAACGGCUGUCAAAGUCCAGUGAAAAUCCUGAAGAAAAGGAAGACCAGGGAAACCCUACACAGCAGUCCCUAGAGACACCCACGAAUGGCAGGGUCGACGUAAAGCAGUUGAUAGCGAAGAAGAAACAGCUGACAGCAGAGGCAGAAGAAUUGAAACCGUUUUUUAUGAAGGAAGUUGGCACGCACUUUGACGAUUUUGUGACCAAUCUCAUUGAAAAAUCAGCAUCAUUAGAUAGCGGUGGAGGAACCCUCACGACCUUUUGUGUCCUUGGAGGAGAGAACCACCACAGGGCUAAAGAUCUGAGAGCACCUCCAGAACAUGGAAAGAUUUUUGUUUUAAGGCGAUCCCUCUUAGAUGAGCUGUUCGAGGUGGACCACAUCAGAACAAUAUAUCACAUGUUUAUUGCCCUCCUCAUUCUCUUUGUCCUCAGCACCCUGGUAGUAGAUUACAUUGAUGAAGGAAGGCUGGUGCUUGAGUUCAGUCUUAUAUCGUAUGCUUUUGGCCAACUUCCUGUUGCCUUGGUUACAUGGUUGGCCAUGUUCUUGAGUACAUUUUCAGUUCCCUAUCUCCUCUUUCAACACUGGGCCAGGGGCCACAGGGAGAGUUCUCAUCCAAUGGUCCGUUCCUUCUUCCAUGGCUUGCUUUUCAUCGCCUUCCAAUUUGGAGUUCUAGGUUUGGGACCAGCAUAUGUCGUAUUAGCAUAUAAGCUGCCGCCAGCUUCCCGGUGCAUUAUAAUAUUUGAACAGAUUCGUCUUAUAAUGAAGGCCCAUUCAUUUUUGAGAGAAAAUGUGCCUCGGGUACUAACAUCAGCUAAGGAGAAAUCCAGCACUGUCCCAGUCCCCACAGUCAACCAGUAUUUAUACUUCUUGUUUGCGCCUACCCUCAUCUACCGGGACAGUUACCCCAGGACCCCCACUGUAAGAUGGGGUUAUGUUGCUAUGCAGUUUGCACAGGUCCUCGGUUGCUUAUUUUAUAUGAACUACAUCUUUGAAAGGCUCUGCGCCCCCUUGUUCCGGAAUAUCAAGCAGGAGCCCUUCAGUGCCCGUGUUCUGGUCCUUUGUAUAUUUAACUCCAUCUUGCCAGGUGUACUGGGACAGUUACUUAUUUUUUUUUCCUUUUUGCACUGUUGGCUCAAUGCCUUUGCUGAGAUGUUACGCUUUGGUGACAGAAUGUUUUAUAAGGACUGGUGGAACUCUACCUCCUACUCCAACUACUAUCGGACUUGGAACGUGGUGGUCCAUGACUGGCUGUACUACUAUGCCUACAAGGACUUCCUCUGGUUAUUCACUAAGAGAUUCAAGUCGGCUGCCAUGUUGGCUGUCUUCGCUGUGUCUGCCGUCGUGCACGAAUACAUUCUGGCUAUGUGCUUGAACUUCUUCUACCCGGUGCUCUUCGUGCUCUUCAUGUUCUUUGGAAUGGCUUUCAACUUCAUUGUCAAUGAUAGUCGGAAAAGGCCAAUUUGGAAUGUCAUGAUGUGGACGUCCCUUUUUGCGGGCCAAGGAGUCCUCCUGUGCUUUUAUUCUCAAGAGUGGUAUGCACGUCAGCACUGUCCUCUGAAAAAUCCAACAUUUUUGGAUUACAUCCGGCCACGUUCCUGGACUUGCCGUUAUGAGUUUUAGAAGCUUGGACUUAGUUUCCUCCUUGACACUGAAGAUUGGAUAUCCUGCCUGAUUUGGGGCCAGUGUCUGUUUCCAGCUGUUACUGAUGAAGUUCUUUGUUAUUUGGACCACUCCAGGCUUGACAGAUGAUGACUCACUCCAUUCCUAGGUCACCUGAAGCUGACCUGUUGGAAGUUUACUGGAAUUGUGUACACUUAAGCAGUACUUUUUUUUUAUUUUGGGGAGAAGGGAGCCUUAUAGCUAAUGGAACGACAGAUUUUUGCUGGGUCGUAUUAGCUUAGGCCUCAGAAAUUAUAUCUGUGUUGUUUCUUGACUAUCUAAUUAGAGACUAAACAUCAUGUUUUCUUAGCAACUGAAUUAGCCAAAACAUUUAUGAAGAACCAUUUAAAUACCUCUGGCUUAGGAAUUUUUUCAUGCACACUGUUGGAAUGUAUGGUGAUUAAGCAUGAAAUUGGGAAAGUCAAGAAAAUUUGGAACGUUUUGUUAUUUCUAGUAGAAAGAAAAGAUCUACUUUCUAAAGAUAAUCUUACUAUACAUCCUAAUUUGUAUUAUUUUUUUUAAAGUUUGGCUCUAUCCAAGUCUUCUUUUCACUAAACACACAGUAUAGGUCAUGUUUUCUAUGAAGCAAAAUUAUAACUUUCACCUUAAAUUCUUGAGUGUGAUUUCAUUCUAUUAUAUAUUGAGAAGAACAGAAGGAGGAAGGGAAAGAGAAAGGGGGCACCAGACCAAAAAGGAAAUGUCCUUUUAUAAGUUUCAAAGUAAUUUUUUAAAAAGUCUUGCAGAGUCAAUAUGUGUUUAUUUUAUCACUGAACUUACGUGGAAAAUAAUUUUAAAAACACUUUAAGGUUAUAACUUAUUUAGAAGUAUCCUUUGGUACAGUUAUUUUGUUGUCUAAUAAAUACUGACGAAUUAUUUUGCAGACUAGUAAGUCUAACAGAAGUAUUAAUCACCUCUAUUAAUACUAUAUUGAUUAUUAAAGAUCCAGAAGCUGGCUUCUGUAUUUGCUCAAUUACUAUACUUUUAAUUGUAGUAUGCUUUAGGUGAAACAAAUUACUAUGUGAUCAUUUUCAAGAAAAUGUACUCUAUUUAUGUGGUAUUCCAGUGUUGUAAGAUACCCAUUGCUAAUGCUGUGUGGUGUGGGGAAAUUAUUUUGUGUGCCUGAGGUGUGAUUAUGUUUGUAAAGACUGAGCAUUGCAAGGAACAUCAGAGACCAUUUAUGUGGUUCAGCUUUCCACCCAAAAAAGUAAGACUUACAAAUUACUCAAGAGAUUACUGUUAUUUGGAGCAGCCAACUUGAUGGGUUCUCUCGGCAUUCUAGCAGGCCUACUGUUAUCGAGAAAAUUGGGGCAAUAUUUUCCGAGUUAUUUUAAAGAUAGUUGGAGUCUCACAAGAAGAGUUUCUUAAUAGUCACAACUUAAUUUGCACCACAAGUACCCAGUUUAAUCACCUAUUUUAUUACCUGUACCUUUGUCCAGAUGAUUUACACAGUAUUUAAAUAUCAAAUCCAACUUAAACAGACAAAAGUGUACCUCAAAGGAGGUUAUCUUUGGAAACAUUCCACUAAUUAUCUGCAGACUAGUCUUGUGAUAUAAUGGAACCACAACUUCAAAGAAGACUUUUUUAAUAUUGCUUCUAAUUUUCUGGUGUUUUUAUUAAAAAUGAAAAUGAGUCAACCACUGAAAUUUAUAACUACAUUUUAAGUAUAGUGAGGUAGCCGAAAUAAGGAGGUUGGUAUAAGACUUGGAUUUCAUUAUAUUGGUUAUGAAUAAGCCAAUAUAUUGAAGCAAGAGAAUGGAAUUCUUAGGUCUGUAUUUCUGUUAAGUACUGUGAACAUGCAUGCUCACUGAGAGGACCUGGUGGUUCUGGACUGAUUCUGAAUACUGUGUUUGAUGGACUGAUCAUGAUUACUUAAAAAACAACAACAAAAAACAAAAACCUCAUCUUCCCUUUGUGUAUUAGUGAUUUUUUUUUCUGCCCAAGAAUUUUAUGUAACAACAAAUAAUGUGUAUCAUUGGAAACUCUUUAGAAUGAUUAAACUGUCCUAAGAAAUUUUCAGAAACACUUAAAGGAACAGCCACUUUCUGUGAAAGAAACUAGUCUGAUAGCCAUGGUCUUAUACCUAGCUUUUAGCAAGUCUUUAAACAAAGAAAUUAAAACAAAAACUACUUACUAAUGUGUUUUAGGAAGAUUUAUUGAUUUUUUUUUCUCCUCUUGCUAAAAUUAUUUUCGGUUACUGGAUGAUACUUUUUUCCUUCAAAAGUAACGAGUUUAAAAUUUCUUUCCUGUAAGAAAUAUUAAUGUAGUAACUUUUGGGUGUGUUAUCCAAGAGAAGAACUAAGAUCUCUAACUUUGCCGUAAAUUUGUUUGAUGCUUUUAUUCUCAAUCCCGGAUAGUGAAGAAAAGUAGAAUUUGUUUUCGGUUUUUGGAUUCAUCUGUUGGAAUUGCCUCGUGUUAGAAUUUAAUUAGAAAACUGAAGCUCUUUUUAACUUGUCAGUAGCUACAACAUUGGAAAGCAAAAGGAGUGUGGAAGCGGUGUUCCUUCUUCCUCUUUGCAGGGUAAACGUGGAUGGCGUUGGCAGGUACGAGUACAGUGCACCACUGUCCUGUAUUUGCAAACAGAUUAUGUUGGAGAAGUAACUCAUUUAGUGUAGGCAAUUUUAAUCAUAAUAUGAAAAUUAUACUUGCCUGGAAAGUCGAAUCCUGCAGUCUUAUAGAAAACAGAACAUUGUGUGUUUAAAAGCUGGUCAGGGGGCCUCUGGGGCCUAAAAAGAUAUGUUUGUGAAUUGCUGAAGUCUUUUAUGCACGAAGAUAACCUUUACUUUGUGUGGUCAUAAAUAAUUUUACUCAAAGUUCAUUGUUUCAUGUGGCAAAAAGUAAUGAAGGUAAACUCAUAUAACUGUAGAAACCAGGUGGCCUAAAUAGUUUAAAAAAAAUAAAUGGUUACACUUCAGCCCAGCAUGUAAAACAUAUAAAAUACAGCCGCUUCCAGGCGAGGUAGAGAUGGGGGUGCUGGAGCCCUUUGUGUUUGCACAGUCACUUUCUCCUGCCCCCAGUUGGAAAACCAGUGGUGCAGCGAGAAGCAAGUGUGCCCAGACUUUUGUUUAGGGGAGCCCUGUACUUACUAGCAGAGUGACGUUGGGCGAAGUUGCUUCAUUUAUCAGAGCCACAGUUUUCCUCAUCUGUAAAAUGGGGUGAUAACUACCUCAUAGGAUUGUUGCAAAGCACACGCUCUGGCAGAAACAGGUCCUCAUUAUUUUCUUACCCUCCAUAAAUUUGAAACCUAAACCCUUAUGAUCUCAUUGGAAUCCUUUAAAAAAAUGAAUUUUUCAAAUGCUGCAAACCUCCAAAAAUAUGUGCUGUGCUUUGCAGACUCUCAGGACGAUGUGAAUUGGCAUUGCACCUUGACUGUUGUAAUAAUGGAACCUCUCCAUAAUGGAACUGACAAGAAUUUAAUGAGGUUCUUAAAGGCACUCACGGAUGUUUCCACUUGUCCAAAAGAAUGUCUUGUUUAACUGUCUACCAUCAGGGAAGGUUCACAGGCUUAUAUAAAGGAAUGUAUUUCUGCUCUUAACUAGUCAGGUGUUUAGAACUAGUGUGUAUACUCUUUACUUAAGUUUUAAAAUUUAUGGAGAGGAAGGAAACUAAUGAGGCCUUAUUUCUGCCAGUGUAAAGAGUGCUUAUAGCCUUGGAAGGCAGAAGAAGUUUCUUAAUGGAGGAUAGUUCAUACUUAUGUGACUUGCUUACUAAUCUUGUGCAAAAUUUCAUGUAGCUUAUAUAGUUUAUCUAAUAUGGUUUAUAUGUAUAUUGUGUGUGUGUGUAUGUGUGUGUGCAUAUCAUUGAAGAACUGUCUUAGACAUUGUUUUGUGAAUCUUAUCUCUAGGCUUUAUGUUUAUGGCUCAGAUAUUGAAGGAACUGGGAUCUAAAUGUUUUGAGGAAUAGUAUUACUAAAGCUUAUGUAAGUUGUUUGUGAACCUUAUAUAUUUGAUUAGUUUCUCAUAUCACUGAAGUUUCUAGGAGUGUUGGAAUGCAGUUUAUAAAGGAGAUAAAAUAUCUGUGUGGCCACUGUGGUUGGAACAGGGAGAGUGGAGCCCUUCUUACUUGCUUUGACCACCCCCUUCCCCACCCAAAUUUAAUGCCCAGUGUGGAAAUCAAUAAAUAAUACAAUUGAUACUCUAGUAGGAAAGCUAUACAAUCUAUAUAAUCUACCAAAUCCUUAAUAAAAUUUCAUUUUUUCCCCUGUGAAGUAUAAAGACUUUAAUAGCUACUUUGGAUUUGAGAAAGAGGGUUAAUUUCAGAAGUGAUAUAGUUUAAAAAAAGUCUAAGACUGCCUUUGUACCCCUUUUUUCUAAAUGCUUUCUUUCUUAUUUCUACAUUAUUACAUUUACAUUUCUUCAGUCCACAUACCCUUUCAACUACCAGCUACUUCACUGUGCUUCGUGGUGUUCUUUUGUUUGUUUUAAUAAAGUGGUAGGUGUACUUUCUCUGUCUGAAAUAAUUUUGAAACAGGAAGCUGUUCCGGGCACCCAAUUGUAUAGCGAUACAAUCUGAAUUCCCAUGUGUCAAGGGGCCAGUUCUCGGGCGGGAGGAGAGCGCAGGGCCCAGCCACGGCCCUGCCUUGUGGGUCGUCGAGGCAGCCUCCUUCCUGCCGGGGCCCCUUGCCAGCUUGUGCAUUCAGUCCAUGGUGCUGAGGAAGUGGGAGGGUCACAGAAAUCUGCAGGUGACUGAAGGGUUUUACUGUAAUUAAAGGUGCCUUUUCUAAUUUUUGUUUUCUCUUGUUCCUGAAUUCCUUUUCCCUCUUCCCCUCCAAACCCUUGCGUGUCUUAUCUCUGGUUCCAUCACUUUGUACAUACAGGUCCGGCACAAAUAACACCCCUUUUUUAUUAUGAAAUCUUUUAUUACAAAUCAUGAGCAUGUAAUUCUGUAACAUACCAAUAUCACACUCAAGCACACCACCUGACAUUUUAGAUGAAAUGUUCAAAUUUAAGUUAUCACCCAUAUUAUUACCCUACCAACCACACGCAAGUGGGCGUUACUUCUUCUGGACCCUGUAGUAUGCAUUGUAUUCACAUUACCUUAAAAAUUUUAAGCUUUAAAAAGUAUACAUACACAAAAAGGCAAAAUAUAUGUUAAGAAUGUGGUAAAUAAAUAGAUUUGGAAGAAAACUAUUCUAUUGUUUUAAAAGUAACUUCCAAGGUUGCUCAGUGUUAACUAUUUAUGUUAACUAUAUUUCAUGUUCAUAAAUGCUUUUCAUCUAAUACCAGGCAGUUUUAUAUGCUGAAUGUAGCGAAAAAGAAGGCAAAUAACAGAACUUUCUUACCCAGGAUAAUGGAGAGCCAUGUUACAGAUUACAAGGAAAGAAUGGGACCCGGUUGUGACUUGACUUGCACCAAGGAAAGCAGUGACUGCUGGCUCUUGGGCCUCCUGUUUAUAUUGGUCAUUAUUGGUUGCCUGAUUCCUUUUGUCGCUGGCCUUUUAAAAGUCGUGAAUGGCUAUUUGUGAAAAUGCACCGCCUACCCUCUGAUGGAUAGAAAUGGUCUUAAGUUGCUAAUAAAAGGUGGAAAUGUGUUGGCCAGGAAGUGUGCCUUUUCUUUUUUUUUAAGAUCCUUACUCAAGGAUAUGUUUACCGAUUUUAGAGAGAGGCAGGGGUGCGGACGGGGAGAGGGGAAAAGAAAGAGACAU